AUGGGAAAGUUUAUCGUGGGACCGAUAUCCGACCGAGCAACUUGUGUUUCGGAUAAAUGGCGUUUGGUGCUCUUCGCCACUAGUUCCUAUGGAGUUAUGGGUCUAUCAUUCCUCUCCCUUGUAUUUGUGAAGACUCCCGCUCUGGCUCAGACAGCUUACACACUUGCUAUAGUUGCCAGUGGUUGGAACGCAGUUGGAACAUUGAAAGGCGCACAAAUGGUGGCUAGACAGCAUGUUCAUAUUGUAAUGGCGGUAACCUCAUUUCUGCUAUGCGUCACAGUUCUUCUUAUACCGGUCGCUGUCAAUGCAGUGUGUCCAGAUAAUACACCAGAACAGGUAUCAGUCUUUGCGAACGAGUAG